CCGAGGAGGCGCCGCUUCCGGUUCACGGGGGCCGCGCGCGCACAUGGCAGCGAUCAUGUCGCCGAGCGAGGAGGACGCGGAGCGGCUCCUGAUCCAGUUCCGGGACGAGGCCGGGGAGCCCCUGGGCUCCCCCUUCGACGUCCCCCUCGGCAUCACCCCGGACAAGCUGCAGCUGGUCUGCGACGCCCUGCUGCAGAAGGAUGAGCCGGUGCCUUUGGCCUUCUACGUCCACGAUGCCGAGAUCGUCGCGUCGCUGGAGAAGACCUUGGCGGGGCAGGCCCUGGAGACCGAGAAGGUGCUCGACAUCAUCUACCAGCCGCAGGCGGUGUUCAGGGUGCGGGCGGUGACGCGCUGCACCAGCUCCCUGGAGGGGCACACCGAGGCCGUCAUCUCCGUGGCCUUCAGCCCCACCGGAAAGUACCUGGCGAGUGGCUCUGGAGACACCACCGUCCGCUUCUGGGACCUCAGCACGGAGACGCCGCAGUUCACGGCCAAAGGUCACCGGCACUGGGUGCUCAGCAUCGCCUGGUCGCCCGACGGCAAGAAGCUGGCCUCGGGCUGCAAGAACAGCCAGAUCUUUCUCUGGGAUCCAGCCACGGGGAACCAGAUCGGCCGGGUGCUCAGCGGCCACUCCAAGUGGAUCACGUGGCUGUGCUGGGAACCGCUCCACAUAAACCCCGAGUGCCGCUACCUGGCAAGUGCCUCCAAGGACGGCAGCGUCCGCAUCUGGGACACGUUGAUGGGCAGAUGUGACAAAAUCCUCACGGGCCACACGCAGUCGGUGACGUGCGUGAAGUGGGGGGGAGAUGGCCUGCUGUACUCCUCCUCCCAGGACAGAACCAUCAAAGUCUGGAGGAGCCAGGACGGGGUCCUGUGCCGCACGUUGCAGGGCCACGCUCACUGGGUGAACACCAUGGCUCUUAGCACCGACUACGUUCUCCGCACCGGGGCCUUCGAACCCGCCGAAGCCUCCAUCAACCCGCAGGACGUGAGCGGCUCCUUGGCAGAACUGAAGGACAAGGCACAGCAGAGGUAUGACCAAGUCAGGGGCCAGGGGCCAGAAAGGCUCGUCUCGGGGUCGGACGAUUUCACGUUGUUUCUUUGGAGGCCGGCAGAAGACAAGAAGCCGCUGGAGAGAAUGACAGGCCACCAGGCAUUGAUCAACCAAGUCCUCUUCUCGCCAGACACCCGGAUAAUAGCUAGUGCUUCCUUUGACAAGUCCAUAAAGCUCUGGGAUGGUAGGACAGGAAAGUACCUCACGUCGCUGCGAGGGCACGUCGCGGCGGUGUAUCAGAUCGCCUGGUCGGCAGACAGCCGCUUGCUGGUGAGCGGCAGCAGUGACAGCACGCUGAAGGUCUGGGACGCCAAGACGAAGAAACUGGCCAUCGAUCUCCCCGGCCAUGCAGACGAGGUGUUUGCAACAGACUGGAGCCCGGACGGACAGAGGGUGGCAAGUGGAGGGAAAGAUAAGUGUUUACGGAUAUGGCGUAGGUAGGAGCAGUGACCAGAAGCCGCCGGUCUCAGCUGGCCCAGCCUUCGGCUCCGUGUGUCUGGGGAGAUCUGGGAGGCGAUGGACGACGGGCCAUCCUGAGCACAUCUCCUUGGACCCAUCAGCUGCUCUCCCCCGUGGAUUCUUUCCUUAUAUUUAUUUAAGGAAAUUUUAAUACCGGUUCUUACCAAGAGCUGCACUUUGCAGGAUGAUUUCCUCUGAACAUUACAGCAGGGAUAUCUCGUCUGCCUCCAUCUCAAGCUGCUUUUUAUUGAAAUUUCUGCCUUGCGGUAGCCUGCCCCCUUUCAAGGGAAAAGCACAGGGUGGGGGUGGCUCAUGCUCUUUGCCUUAGGAGGAAGCCUGCAGGGAGGAAGGCUUUUGUGGGAACAGAAAGGGGUGUCCUUGUGCGACCUUCAGAGGGGGAGAGAGGAAGGGGAACAUCGCUGCCUUGCAGACUUCUGCCCGGCUGCGUGCCUGCGGCAAAGAUCUGCAGGGAAUAAGGUGAGGGAGCUUCUCGUUACUCCAGUAAGGUUUUGCCUUUACACUCGUCCCGUUCCUUACAGGCUGUGCUGAGGGGUGUUUUGGUUGGUUGGUGAUCCUCCGCAUCCAUGGGGAUGAAAGAGCCCUGCCUUGCUCAUGCAUUCGGGGCUGGGUGCAACAGGCAUGGACUUUGUACUGCCAGAGCUGCGCUGAGUUUUCAGGUCUCAGUGGUUCUUGGAACGGGGGAAGCGAGAGCGUUUGUGUCUCUGCACAGGGACUCUCCUUCUCCUCUCCAUCGGGGGAAGCAGGGACGGAAGGGGGGAUGAGGAGUGGGAAGGAUGGAGCAGGUGUUUUGAGCGGUGUGUGUCCCAUGGCCUGGAUUUGUGUCUGCAGCAAGGCCAGGACUGCCUUUAAGAUCCCAUCACGGCAAGUGGCAGAACUUCCAUUGCACAGACCUGGCUCCUUCUGGAUUUCUCAAGCACAUUUACUUGCCCAGUGGGUGAGAGGGGUCCAUGCUCCGGAUUAAAACACUGCUUUUAACAUUUGUAAGCUUGCUGAUAAGUUUUUUUUUUUUAAAUAUUAUUUUAUUUAUUUUUUUUUGUUAGUCAAUACAGGCUUCCAACAGUCAUGGAGCAAAUGGACCUGGGUUUAGUGUUUAUUUCCAGGAUGGUUAGAAACCAGUGGAAAUCAAAAUGUGAUUAAUAAGGAGUAGAGAUUGUACUGUCAGGUUUAGUUGCAGCAAGUUAGCAGGAAGACCAAAACGUUCUCCACAGCCCUCGUACUGCGGCGGAUGCUCAGUGGCUAAUUCAGCUCAAGCUGGGCGUGCGGUUCUCAGAUGUUUCCUAGCCACAAGAGAUAACGCUUUAGGACUUUGUUCCUGCUGGCAGGCUUGCUUUGGAGCAUGGAGAGGGGAUGGCGCGGUAACGACGUUAAUGGCUAUUUGCUUGUCUGCUCCUCAAACAGUCACGUGAGCAAGAGACUGGAGCAAGGGGUUACGUCUUUGAUGUGACUGAGAACACAAAUUAUGUCCCUUUCGUUGUGGUUAGCGUCUUUUUCCACCAGCCGGAUCAGCUGGCUCUGUCUUUGUGGGAUCUUCUGGGAAGAGCUCAAUAUGCUGUACCUGCUCUUUCGUUUCGGUGGGUUUGGGGGACUGUGAAGGCCACGUCAUGUCCGUUUGCAUAAACUUUGCAUAAACAAAGGCUUUUGUAA